AUGCUCGCCUAUCUUCCAGAUUUGUUUUUCUUUUCAUCUGACGGCCCACAAGAGCGAUGGCAUAUGCGGCGAGCGGUCGAAGAAUGGGACACGAACAAGCGUCCCGAUAUGGCGUAUCAUGCGAUUUUUCAAGCGGCCAAUGCACGUCUCCAGAAGUAUUUCCUCGCGAUGGGCGCGCGGAUUCAGCACGAGAAGGCUCGCGAUUGGGCGGUCAAUCAUUUGUUUGAUGAGAAUGUCACCAACUUUCUCGAUGGACUGGACGCUCUUGCCACCCACGAAUUGCUCAAGGAGGAUCUUCUGAAGGCGCUGAUUGAGUCUCCGCUGCCCGAGAACAUUGGAUAUGUGAAGGAGACGUGGGAGGAGACGUACGAGGGCGAGAAGUACACUGUCAAUCAUCAUUGGAACUUGUUCGGGACGCAUAGGGAGGACCCGAGUCUUAAAAUGCCCAAAAUGGGUUAA